AUGGGGGCUGAGGAGCGCUUCACCAAGAACUCCAACUACUUGCCGAUCGACUACUUUGAGCCGUCCAAGCUUUUGGAGGCAUGCGCAGCCAAGGAAGGGACCAAGGCUGGGCCAGGGUCUCACGCAAAAAAACGGCAAAGUGCAAAGUGGUCCACAGGAGUGUUCCCUGGCCAGACGCUGAUUGAUGUGGUCCUGGCCGAGUUCCGCAAGAAGGGUUCUGCCCCUGGCCCGUUUGCGUUCCAGUUCGUGCGGCUUUGCCGGCAGGUCAAAUUCUUAGGCAACAGCUCGUCUUUCGGUUUCGAAUGCUUUCGCGAAGUGGUACGCAUCAUGCGCAGCCUCGCAGCCCUCGAGUUGCACUGCCGGAAGCUGCACGACGACUUGUGCUGCCGCACAUGUUCCUUCCAGACCUCCACCCCUCAUUUCAGCCUUUGGAGAGGGGACCCAUACUUGGUCUUCCGCUUCUUGGACGACGAUGGCUCAGGCGAGCUCACGUUGGAAGAAGUACACAAAGAGCAGAACGACCUUUGGGCUGCCUUUGUGGACUUCUGCGCCGAGAUGUUCGCUGGAUCAGUUGACAUGAUCCAGAAGCUGAUGAAUGGUGCAGCGGAGCGGAAGCUGGAUGCAAAGCAUUUCGAGGAGGGUCUCAUCCGAUUUGGAUGGACAGGCGGUUCCGAGCUCAUCCUGUUUGAUGCGAUCGACCUUGGAGGUGAUGGAUUCAUCGAGUCCGCAGAUUUGAAGUGGUUGGACGUGCAGCAGAAGCAGGAGUUCCCGAAACUCGUCCAAGAUCCGAAGGUCAAAGCCAUUGUGGUGACGGGAAGCGGCUCGAUGUUCUCCGGUGGUGCUGAGAUCACGGAGUUUGCCAUCAUGGUUGCCAUGGGCGAGGCAGAGAUGAGGAAGAACAACCCCGUGGCAGCACUGAGCGAGAUGAUGGACACCAUUGAUGCCUCGCCCAAGACGGUGGUAGCAGCUCUGAAUGGUCCCGCCUUGGGCGGUGGCUGCGAGGUCAGCCUGGCCUGCCACUACCGCGUGGCCACGCCAAAAGCCUCGGUCGGCUUCCCGGAGGUGAACCUGGGCUUGCUCCCGGGCGCGCAGGGCACGCAGCGGCUUCCUCGCGUUGCCGCCCUCCCCGUGGCGCUUCCAAUGAUCUUGCAGGGCCGGCCCAUGAACGCCGAAGCUGCGAAGAAGAACGGCAUCAUCGAUUUGGUUGCAAAGGGAGACGUUGUGGAGGAGGCCGCCGGGUUCGCCCUGUCGCACCCGCCGGCGCCCAUCUCCAAGCGCGAUGUGCCCAAGACCAAUCGCCUGAUGGUCGCGGCUGGAGGCACGCAAGCGCGCACAAGGGGUGUGCAAGGGGCAAGCAUGAUGGAUCAUGAUGGACUCUGCGGUUGCCGUUCUGGCCGUUGCUUCAUCUUUCCAGGCCUCCAUGCAGCUCUGAACAUGGCCUUCAAUGCACAGCCUUUGAUGGUGGCACCGGCUGGCAUCAUCAACUGCUUCGAGGCUGCCUGUUCAGGAAAGAGUUUCAAGGAGGGCGUGGCAGUCGAGAUGGAGGAGUUCACGAAGCUGGUCUUCUCUGUGCAGUCAGCUGCUUUGAGACACCUCUUCUUGGCCGAGCGAAUGGCGCAGAAGGUGCCUGGAGUGAACGAGAAGCCGGCACCGCUGAAGAAGAUCGGCAUCCUAGGUGCAGGACUCAUGGGAGGCGGCAUCGCCAUGUGCUUCGUGCAGAAAGGGAUCCCAGUGGUCCUCAAGGAUGCGAAGAAGGAGUGGCUGGAGGAUGGCAUGAAGAAGAUUGAGGGUCUCUGGGGUGGCCAGGCGAAAAGGGGCCGCUUGAGCCAGGACAAGUACAAGCAGUACAUGAGCCUCCUGAAGCCGACAUUAGACUAUGCUGACUUCAAGGAUGUGGACAUGGUCAUUGAGGCAGUCCCUGAAAUCAUGGACCUCAAGAAGGAGGUGUUCCUCGACAUCGAGAAGAACACCAAGCCAGAUGCCCUCAUCUGCACUAACACCAGUGGCCUGAACAUUGAUGACAUCGCGGCCGUGCUGAAGGACCCUAGCCGUGUCAUGGGCACCCACUUCUUCUCCCCAGCCAACGUGAUGCAGCUGCUGGAGAACGUCCGAACGGCCAAGUCCAGCACCAAAACGUUGGCCACCGGAAUGGCCAUGGGCAAACUGAUCAGCAAGAAAGCCAUCAUGGUAGGCAACUGCGAUGGCUUCGUGGGCAACCGAAUGCUUGCGCCAUAUGCCGGGGAGGCGAAGAUGGUUCUGGAGGAAGGUGCCAACAUUGAGCAGGUGGAUAACGCUGCUCGGAAGUUUGGCAUGGCCAUGGGUCCCAUGGCAUUGGGCGAUUUGGUGGGCCUGGAGCUUUUCUGGAAGCAGCGCAAGGCGGCCGGCGACAUGAAGAAGCAGACCAAGACGUACUAUGGCCCCUAUGAGCUGACGGACUGGCUGUGUGAGCAGGGCCGAUUUGGCCUGAAGACGCCUGACCCGAAGAUCAAGGCCAACGGCCGUGGCGUCUUCAUCCACCGUGGCCGCAGCAAGGAGGUGGAUCCCGAGGUCAUCGCCAAGCUGGAUGAGGUUCGCAAGAUGAAGGGCAUGACGCCCCGGGCCGUUUCCGACGAGGAGAUUUGCGAGAGGCUCUUCUUCUCGAUGAUCAAUGAGGGCUUCAAGAUCCUCGAGGAAGGAUACGUGGCUCGGUCCUCCGACAUCGACCUGGCCUACAUCUACGGAUAUGGCUUCCCCCCUGCCAAGGGUGGCCCCAUGUUCUACGCCGAGAACUACGCUGGCUUCAAGAAGAUCCUGGAGCGCGUGAAGUACUACAACCAGCAGGCCAAGGAGCGCUUCACCAAGAACUCCAACUACUUGCCGAUCGACUACUUUGAGCCGUCCAAGCUUUUGGAGGCAUGCGCAGCCAAGGAAGGGACCAAGGUGUUCCCUGGCCAGACGCUGAUUGAUGUGGUCCUGGCCGAGUUCCGCAAGAAGGGUUCUGCCCCUGGCCCGUUUGCGAAGCGAGCAAAGAUCAAGCGCACGGCUAGGCAGCGUGCCAUGAGAGAGCGUAAAAAGCAAACUUGGGAUCCGAAGCAAGUCCUGGAGACCCUGUCCGACUUCAAGAAGCACCUCCGACGUACUUAUGGGAGCUAUUUGCGAGCCUGGCGAUUAGUGCUGAGCCCGAACGACUCGGUGACGGUCUCCCGCACCCAGUUCCUCACGGCGUGCUCGGCCUUGGGAUUCAAGGAUGCCGGCAAAGUUCUCUGGCGCGCUUUUGGAAGAGAUGAGCUGAGCCCCAUCUCUCUGGACUUCCUGGAUCCGGAGUCUGCCGAGCCCAGCCUUGAAUCAAGGCAGCUGGUGCAGCAACUGGGUGGCGUGAAUUCGGCCUUUCGCGUCUUCGACAAAAAGGAUGUGAAGCGAGUCAAGAUGCCAGAGUUCGUUUCCACCUUGAAUUCGCUGGAUGCUUGUCAGCAAGCAAAGCAGCUCUUCGAUGGCCUGGAUACGGACGCAAAUGGGCGGCUGGAAAUCGAGGACUUCAGGUUUUUGGAAAAGUGGAAGCUUCCUGAGUUUCUGAUCGCGAGUCCCAGUGAAGAGGCCAAGGAGGAGGUAAAGCGCGACCUCCUCGCCACCUACAAGACCUACCUGAAGGCCUGGCGGCUGGCCCUUGACGACAACAACUCCAACAGGUGUACGUGGCCGGAGUUCCAGUCCGCAUGCCGGAAAGUGAACUUCACAGGUGACGUGGCCGGAGCCUGGCGUGCUUUGGACACAGACCUCUCGGGCAGCAUAACCCUUCAGGAAGUUGACUAUGAUUCCUCUGCGACUCUUGCCACUUUCAAGAAAUGGGCAGACGAUAACUUUGGCGGAAUUCGCUCAGCCUUCAUGGUCUUUGACAGUGACGGGUCGAAUGGCGUGACGCUCCGGGAAUGGCGCCAUGCCUGUCGAAUUUAUGGUUUCCACCAGGGCGCUGCUAGCCUUUUCAAGCAGCUCGACGCUGAGGGCACUGGCUCGCUGUCGCUAGACCAGGUUUCUUUCCUGGAUGAUUGGGACUUUCAGCCAGAGAAGUCCGCAAUGUCCACAACACCAUCGCAACAUGUGCCAGUUCGCACAGAGCGGAAAGGCGCCAUGAACCGUGCCACCAUCGGUAGCUUCAAUCAGCCCUACAGCCCCUCCUCGGCUAGCACGAAGCAGAAAAUCCUGCGUCGACCCCAAGGGCUGGUGCCUCCCAGCCGCGUGGUUUGGGGAGAGCUCCCCUGCAAGCGCCCGCGGCCCCCACCACGUGGCCCGGGGACUGGCCUGCCGCGGGCGUGGUGCAUCCACUGCCGCGCCCGUGGCCCAUGCCGCCAUUUCGCUCGUGCAGAUGGCGUGCGAUCAUUGGCUCCGUCCCCUCGAACCGCUGGCUACGAUGCCCUUAUGUCGCCCGACCCCUUGGAGCCGCCAGCGGUCAAGUACUCCAGAUAUCGUUGGCUUCGGGAGCGGAUCAAGCCAUCUACGACAAGGCGGCCGCAUACGAGCUCCUCGGUGCAGCUAUUUCUCUUCAGCUCAGACCGCAGGGGAAGCACUGACUUGGUGGGUGAUUCUUCCCUCGUGAACUGUGUGAACAGUGCUGUAGCAAGAAUUGGUGCAGUUGAGCCGGCCAAUGCGGCAUUCUCUCCGGCGGAUCGUUCGGAAGAGAGCGGCCAAGGAUGCUAG